UGUAAACUAUUGGCAGACCGGCCGCCGCCGAUCGCUACUAGCUUGAUUCCUGCUUAGUUAGCUAGAGCUAGUUUGAUUCCCGUGAGCUGAUCAGAAAUCUAUCAGUCCUCUAGCUCUUGCACACUACGUACAGUUUGCACGUAAGCAAACUGAAGAUCGACGUGAAAAAAAAUCUCGUUUUGCUCGAUUUUCUUCUUGUUCGUGUUGAUAAUAUCGAUAUGGGGCAUGGGAGUGGAGCUGAUCAGUCGGCGUGCAGAGUUCUGCCCAUCAUCGACGAGGAGCCAGAGUCGUCGGAGUCGGAGUCAUCAGAAUCCUUCUCCGAGAGCGAGUGCGCGGCUGCGGCGGUGCCGGAGACGACGACGAGGAGGAAGAAGGCGGCGGCGGUCAUCGCUUUGGCAGCCGAGCGCAGGAAGGCGAUCGUGGCGAGGAUGAGGGAGCUGCUCCGGCGAGCCGUCGCCCAGAACUCCAAGCCAUUGCCGCCGACAUCCACCGCCAAGAAAUGGAAGAGAGCCGUGAGCUUCAAGAGCAGCGGCCAUGGCCAUGGCGGCGGAAUUAUCGGAGGAGAUCAUCACGAGCGGCGGACGCCUGCCGUCGUCAGCUCGCCGUCGCCGUCGGUGUCGAGCAGCUUCAGAGCAAGCCGGGACUCCUCCGCCUCCUCCUUCGUAUUCUUCCCGUCGCCCGCGCGUUCCCCGCCGCCGCCGUGCCCGAUGUCUCCGGCGCAGCUCAGCAGGCUGAUGCAGCAGCAAUCACACUGGAUCACCACGGAUUCCGACUUCGUCGUGCUGGAGCUCUAGUCACCGGCGGCGACGACGAUCUUCCCACCGGGCUAGCAAAAUCGGCCCGGCCCGGCUGUACGAGCUUAAUUAUGGGCCGGCCCUCGGGGAGAGGUCAAGUGGGCUCUGGAGCCCAAAACUUACGGCCCGGUACAUGGGCUUCGGGCUGAUACGUGAGUGGGUUGUACAAUAUGUAGUUAAGGCCCAGAGCUUUUCUUUUCUGCUUCUAGUAUU